UGCAGGCUGCAAAAAUGAGACAGGACAAAAGAAACAUGAUGGGUGCGUAAAGAAUAAAGAUGACAAAUUAAAAAAAGAUAGACUUAUAACAAGAAUUAAAUUGACAAAAUAUGGCAUCCCAACCAACAAAGUAUUCAUUCGUGCAUUCAAAAAGUGCACUAGUGUUGUAAAAGUGACACUAGUAGUAGACUGAUAUUACUAAGACCAAGUUGACAACUAAAUUCAUGGCUUCCUUAUUGGUGCCACUUCUACAACUAUCCAGCAAGUUUAGCUAUUCUGCAUAAAGCGGCAUAGCUACCUCUCCAUCGCCAUAAAAUUAUUAGGUCACAGUACAACCUAUUUACCCAUUUGGCAUAUCUGAACAUUCCCGAAGAAGAAUUUUUUUUCUGAAAUCAGGCGAAAAUCAAUGAGCGCGCGGAUGUCAUCCAUAAUAUUUACUUGCUGUGGCCUUAAGGCUCAUUUUGCGCCACCACCCCUUUGACUAAAACCGCCCAGUUACUUGUAACGUUCAUUAUUAUAUAAGGUCGUUAUUGCGUCACCGAAAAUGAGAUAGUUCAACCGAAACUAGUGAAGACUCCUCCCCUCUUUCCGAUGGAAUCACAAUAGUAGCAAAUCAUUAUUGUUCGAUCCAAUAUAGAUUUGAAAGUGAGCUACAAUUCCCCUAAUCGGUUCUAGACCUCAUUCUGAUCAAGGUAUUCCCGAUGCAAAAGCACUUCAUAGAAAUUUUAUUGCCAUGUACGAACUUUGACCUUGAAAUGUUAACUUCUCGGGGUCAAAUCUAAGUCGGUUAAGACCAAAUAUGGCUGUGGCCCCGCCCACCGCCCUCCAGAUCACCUGUUGCGCAACCAUAUACGUCACCGAAACUACUCAAAAUCACCUGUUGGCAUUUCAAGUUUCGGUGGAAGAAAAAUUGCGACAUCCCACUUAAACACCACCAGUUCUAAGUCUCUGGAGCAAACGGAAGGACAAGUCAGACUUUGCCCUCGUGCAAAAUUUUUGUUACCUAAACGACCAGCAGGGACAACCAAACAUGGCCCCGGAUCCAGCGCCCGCCCUGGCCGUCACCUACCGUGAGAAGGUCCGACCCUUUAUCGACUUGGUGGACGAACUGAGGGCCAGUGGGCUGGACAGGGACGUCACCCUGCCCUCUGUGGUCGUCAUUGGGGACCAGAGCGCCGGGAAAAGCUCCUGUCUGGAGGCCAUGUCAGGUGUGCAGCUUCCGAGGGGCAGCGGUAUUGUGACCCGAUGUCCGCUGGAACUACGCCUAAAGAAGAGCCAGGACCCAGAGUCUCCAUGGAAAGGCUACAUCCACUACCACUUCGAGGGGGACAGGGAUGAAACCGGGUGGAAACUUACUGAUCCUAGCGAUGUGGGAGAAGCAGUUCGGAAAGCCCAAAACAACCUUGCCGGAGAUUCCCAUGGUAUUAGCCCCCGCCUGAUCACACUGGACGUGGAGAGUCCGGAUAUCCCUGAUCUCACGCUCAUCGACUUGCCCGGCAUUGCACGCAUCGCUGUGGACGGGCAACCGCCAGAUAUUGGAGACCAGAUUAAAGAUCUCAUCAAGGAAUAUAUUCAGAAGGACGAAACCAUCAUCUUGGCCGUUGUACCGUGUAACGUGGACAUCGCCACUACCGAGGCACUGCAAAUGGCAAAGGAUGUCGACCCUACCGGCUCCAGGACUCUAGGUGUUUUGACCAAGCCGGACCUGAUUGACCGUGGAACAGAAAACACCAUCGUGGACAUCGUGAACAACCAGAAGUACCCUCUGAAGAAGGGUUAUACCAUCAUCAGGUGUAGGGGACAAGAGGACAUCAAUGAAAACGUCACCCUAAGUGAAGCCAUGGAAAAAGAGGAGAGGUUCUUCAAGACGCACGAACAUUUCAAGUUGCCUUAUCAUGAAAAGAAAACCGGCACGAGGACCCUCGCGGGCAAACUGACCACUGAGCUGGUAGAGCAAAUCAAGAAAUCCAUCCCGGGUCUGAAGGAAGACAUCAAGUAGAAGCUGAAGAAUACCGAAGAACAGCUGCAGUUGUUGGGUGACGGGAUCCCAGACGACCCUUCCAGCAAGAUGCGUUUCCUUGUAGAGUUGUUGACCGGCUUUACCGAUGAUCUGGAGAAACUGGCCAAUGGUGAACAGGUCCGAAGCAUGGAGGAUGAGGAAGAGGAAGAGUUGAGGCUCAUCGCCGAAGCAAGGGAAGCUUAUAAAGAGUUUGCAGUGGAAAUAAAUUGCCUCAUACCAGAUGAGGGCAAUCUAGAUGACAUACAGAAGGGCAUUGAGAAGAACCGAGGCCCAGAGCUGCCAGGCUUUCUGCCCUACACCGUCUGCAAGAAGUUCAUCCAGAAGCACAUGAAAGAUUUGAAGGACCCAGCCAUCGACUGCCUACUCAGCGUCAACCAAAAAGUAGAGACAGUCGCAGCUCUACUCACUAACCACUGGUUUCGGCCGUUCGCUCAGCUCAACAUGGAAGUUAAGGAGAAAGUCAAUGAACUACGUCUUGCCCAGGAGAAGAAGGCUCGGGAAGCUAUCAACCAGCUGUUUGAAAUGGAACACCUUGUCUUUACACAAGACGCCAUUUUCAACAUCGCCUGUGAGGACCUUGAGAAAGCUGAGAAGGAUGAAGAGGACGAGGACGAACUUGAUCUGCGGUCUGAUCUUGAGAAGGAAGCGCAGAGAAUGCUGCACAUCAUCAAGGUUUACUUCAGGGGGUCUAUCCGUCGCCUGUCCGACAUAGUUCCCAUGACGAUCUCCCUGCACCUGAUGGCGAAAUUCACAAGUGAGGUCAAGUCUCAGAUCCUUCUGAUGAUCGGACAGCCAGAGACACUGGAGCUGCUUCACGAAGACUCGGAUAUCACUGAAGAACGGAACAUGUUGUGGGAAAAACGCAAGCGUCUCACGAAGGCCAGCCAGAAACUGGCAAAGUUCUGAAGAAAUACUGAUCCAAUCAUCUACAGUUGAGUGUUUGCACUCGCGUGACGUCAGUACUGGUCAUGUGACUAUGACGUCAGUGUUUGUCCGCCAUGUUGGAUGGUUGAAUAUGAAGGAUACCAAAUUUGAAUUUUGAUGUGAUUUUGGUCAUACGUAUGCAUUUAGUAGAA